ACGGGAAGUUGAUAACUGACUCAAAUUUUCAGUUUCUGUCUCCAAACUUGCUCUUUCGUUUUUCCCCCAGUUUCUCGCCAGCCAAACACCCUCAAAUUCCCCAUUUCAGAUGGUUUUCAUCCUUGGAUAUCUCGGCUCCCAGGUCAGCCCGAAACCGGUAACUUUCUAACCGUUAAAAACUUCUAACUUCCAUUUCUCAAAUUAUAGGUUUUCAACAUCCCAAAAACGACACCGUACCAUAAACAAAAACAAUUCCUAAAAUCAUAGGCUAAGCGUUUGAACUGAAAAAUGUUCAACAAAAUCAUCAAGCGCGGUCACAAAAAGGGAUCCAAAUCGGUUCCAAAUGGAAAUGUGACCGUGAACCAUUCGUCCAUCGCCAAUUUCGAGGCACCGUCAAUGGCUCUAUCACCGCCGCGGCCGUUGGUCCCGAAAGCUGUGAUUGAGAGCUUGCCUUUAUUUCGUGAUGUAUCUUCAUCUGAAAGGUUGAAUUUAUUCAUUCGUAAGACUCACCUUUGUUGUGUGUUGUGUGAUUUUAAUGAUAACUCGAAAUUGGGACUCGAAAAAGAGAUAAAGCGAAAAACAUUGUAUGAGUUGGUUGAUUUUAUUCAAUCUGGUUCGAGUAAAAUCAAUGAAGCCAUGCUUGAAAGUUUAAUUAUGAUGAUAUCUGUUAACAUUUUUAGGUGUUUGCCACCUGGUUCACACGAAAACACAGGGUCUUUGAUUGAUAUUGUGGACCCUGAGGAUGAUGAUUCGUGGAUGGAUCCUGCCUGGCCACAUUUGCAAAUUGUGUAUGAACUUUUGUUGAGGUACAUUGUGUCAUCCGAGAAGGAUACGAAGUUAGCUAAAAAGUAUAUUGAUCAUACUUUUGUGUUGAAGUUGAUUGAUUUGUUUGAUUCUGAGGAUCCGCGAGAGAGGGAGUUUUUGAAAAUGGUGCUUCAUAGGAUAUAUGGGAACUUCAUGGCGUAUAGACCCUUUAUUAGGUGUGCAAUAAAUAAUGUGUUUUAUAGGUUUAUAUUUGAGACAGGGAGACAUAGUGGAAUUGCAGAGUUGUUGGAGAUUUUAGGGAGUAUUAUUAAUGGCUUUGUCUUGCCAAUGAAACAAGAACAUAAAUUGUUUCUUGUACGGGCACUGAUGCCAUUACAUAAGGCUAAAUGUAUUUCCAUGUACCAUCAUCAAUUGACUUAUUGUGUUACACUGUUUGUUGAGAGGGAUUAUAAAUUGGCUGAUAUUGUGAUUAGGGGGUUGUUGAAGUAUUGGCCAGUGAUAAAUUGUCAAAAGGAGGUUUUGUUUCUUGGAGAACUUGAAGAAGUUUUGGAUUUAACAAGACCUGCAGAGUUCCAAAAGUGUAUGGUUCCUCUAUUCAGACAGAUUGGACGCUGCCUUAAUAGCUCCCAUUUCCAGGUUGCUGAACGAGCUCUGUUCUUGUGGAAUAAUGAACACAUGGUAGACUUGAUUGCUGAUAACCGAAAUGUGAUUUUCCCAAUAAUCUUCGAAUCUUUGGAGAAGAACAUGCAAACUCACUGGAACCAGGCAGUCCACGGGCUUACUGCCAAUGUGCAAAGGAUGUUCCUAGAGAUGGAUGCUGAUUUAUUCGAAGAAUGCCAGAGGCAGCAUGAAGAAAAGGAAGCCAGGGCUGACAAAUUACAAGAACAACGAGAGUUGAUGUGGAAGAAACUUGAAGACGUCGCAGCACAAUCUGGGGGACCUGAUAUGGUUUUGGUUAAUUGAUCGGUAAGCUGCAUUUCGUGCAGAACGAUAAUAAUCCAUUCAUUUAGAGUAGAAUCAGAUUUCUUCAACUUCUAGGUUAGCUAUUCUUUCAUUCAUUUCAAUAUAGAGGUUAUAUUAUCAAAUUUAGGAAGGCAAAGUGUAAGGGUGUGUCUUGCAAGUUAUUUUCUUUGCUUGAAGUAGUUUUCUUAUUUUAUUUAAUUUAUAUGAAGAUUAAUGACUUCAUUUUAUUUUGGGCAUAAUUAUAAAUAAAGUGCCCACUAAUUUUUA